AUGGUAUCUAAACUACCUAAUGAGAUACUGCAUGCUAUUGCAGAUCUGUUAGAACAGAAUGACAUUAAUUCUCUCGCGAAAUCAAACAGCCAUGUAUUCCCUGUCUUCAAUUCCAUCCUGUACCGAAAGAAUAUGCUAGAGUCUGAUGGCUGGGCACUUAUCUGGGGCAUUAUCAAUCGUCAACACAAUACAGUGGCAUACGCACUCAGUACAGGAGCCACAGUUCUGGGUGAGGCGCUGGCCCUUGCCGUUGAGGAUGGACAGGAGCAAGUCGUGCAAUGGCUUCUGUCUGUCAAGUCUGCUGAUUUCUCCCCGAAAUAUGACUUUCAUGGACAAUUCGCCAAUUGGACCUCUCAACAUCGCAUUGCUUCCAAGUGCACAGCGGCCAGCUCAAAAUGUAUUGAGCAACUUAAGGGUCGUCAGCAGUGGGAACGUCAUGGCACGUUUGAUAAUAGGUCACCUCUCUCACGGGCAGCCAGGGGAGGUCACUUGGGAAUUGUGAAGCUUUUGAUUGCAUUUAACGGUGACGAUCUGUCCGUGGAAGACUUGGAUGGGAAGACUCCUCUCUUCCAAGCUGUAGAAAGGGGCUUUCUGGACAUUGCCAAGGCAUUGUUCAAUACUGGGCACUGUGACCUGAAUAGAACAGAUAACGAAUUCAAGACAGUAUUAUCGCAUGCGGCGAGCUCCGGCAAUGGUGACAUAGUACAGUGGUUAAUUAGAUGUGGAGGUGCAAUCAACCUUAAUCACCAAGACAGAUAUGGUCAGACGGCGCUGCAUUAUGCUGCUGAACGCUCAGAUGUGCCAACCACGAAGCUGCUGAUCGAGUCUGGUAGAGUUGAUCCAGAUAUUACAAACCUAUAUGAUCUGACACCACUCCACAUUGCUAUUCAGCGAUCAAAUGCAGUGAUCAUAAAGCUGUUGACGGAGCCCAGGACAGUUGAUCCGGACUUUAGAGUUACCAAUAACUUCACACGGCUCUAUGAUGUUACGAAGAAUCUCUAUGUGUCCCAACCGAUAUUGUCCAUCGAAUCUGGCGAAGUGGAUAACCACAGUCGUACACCGCUCCAUGGUGCUACUGAGCACUCGCACGCGUCGCUCUUGGAACCCCUAAGGGACUUAAGUCGACUGGACUCUAACAUUUCGGAGGAACACAGCCAGUUGAUGCUUUCUCAGGCUAUUAUGAAUUCCGAUACCUCGACUUUAAGGCUUCUGAUCUGUUCAGGCAAAAUUGACUUGGACCGGAUAGACAAUGAAGGGCGCACACCACUUUCACGUGCCGCUAAGCACUCAGACAGAUCAAUUAUAAAGCUAUUGAUUGACUCCGGCAGGGUCAACCUAGACUCCAAAGAUAAAAACGGUAGAACGCCGCUAUCAUACGCCGCCGAGUACUCCGAUGCGUCAACUGUAAAGCUUUUGAUAGAUUCUGGCAAAGUCGAUGUGGAUUCUAAAGAUCAUCAAGGGCGGACGCCGCUUUCCUAUGCUGUCCAACACAUGGACCUAAGCAAUCUAACGAGGUUGGUAGUGUUAUGGUGCCAAGGUGAUCUGGAACCGGGGCUCAACCCAAAUACUAUCGUUCCCCGCAGGUCGCUUGCAGGCACUUCAACCUUGAAGACUUUGCUCGAUUGUGGCAAAGCCGAUCCCAACUCACGAGAUCAACACGGUCAGACACCACUUGCAUACGCCGCUGAAUGGUCAGAUUCGGCAACCAUAAGACUUUUACUCGAGAAUCCUUUGGUUGAAGUUGAUUCAAAGGAUAGAUCAGGGAGAACUCCAUUUUUUGAAGCUGUUGCAAAUGGCAAUUUCGCUGCAGCGGAGGUGCUUCUUGAUUCAAAGAUGGUCAAUCCCAACCCCCGAGACAAGUAUGGAGAUGCACCGAUAUUCGAAUUUAUGGAUCUCUACACUUCUCUCGAAACCCUCAAUGAUGAUCAGGUAUUGGAUUGGAGCAUCGAGGACACUGUUAAAACAGGCUACAACCGUCUUUUGAAAUUGCUGCUCAGCAGGAGCGAUGUGAUUGUUGAUUUUCGAGAUCACCACGGUCAAACACCCCUUUUAUACGCUGCCGAAGAAUGUGGAUACGACGUUGUCAGGCUUAUGAUAGAAUCGGGAAAAGUCGAUUUCGCAGAGCUCUAUGCCCAAAGCCUUCCAGGUCAAACCGGUCCUCAACUGAUGGAAUCCUAG